AUGGUGGACUAUUACAAAGUACUGGAAGUAUCCAGAACAGCAUCAGAGGCUGAAAUAAAAAAGGCAUACAAAAAAUUGGCCCUUCGAUGGCAUCCAGACAAAAAUCCGGACAAUCCAGAAGAAUCCAACCGACGGUUUAAGGAAAUUUCGGAAGCCUACGAAGUACUGUCCGAUGCAUACAAACGCCAUAUCUACGACAACCGGAGCACGCGGAAGAGUGCGACCGGCAGCGGCACCGGUGGUACUGCCGGCAGCUACAGCGCCUUUACCAACCGCGACUACAGUCGCAACGGAGGCUAUGACCAUUAUCAUCACCAUCGCUACGGGUCCGGCGGAAGCCGGUACGGGUCGACCGGUGGCCGGGAGAACAGUAGCAGCAGUCGUACGUUUUCGUUUAAAGGAUUUUUUGAGACGACGCCGUUUUUCCGCUUCUUUGAAAAGAAACGACGCAUCUACGAUCAGUACGGCAAGGAUGGUCUGAUAAACAAUGGAUCCGACCGGUAUCAUCAGAAUACGCGACAUCGACGACACAAUGGCAGCAGUGGCAUGGAUGACUUCGAGUUCUUCGGAUUCCCGUUCACAUUCCGCGACCCGGAGGAUGUGUUCCGAGAGUUCUUCGGUGGCUCACCAUUCGAUGAGUUGUUUAGAAUUAGUCAACCUGCGCAUCAGCAUGCGCGCCGGGCGAAUGGCGCCACCAACGGACACCAUCACCACCAUCAACGACACUCGCACCCGCAAAACGUCAUCUCGUCACCGUUCAUGACACCGUUGAUGAGCUUCGGUCUGAUGGAUGAUUUCUUCAACAACGGGCACAUGGCACCGCGGGGCGGCAUGAGUUCCGUGUCCGAGUACAGCUACGGUGGCGGUGGCCCCGUCAAGCGUACCUCCACCUCGACCACCUUCGUCAAUGGCAAGAAGCUGAUGACGAAAAAGGUGUACGAGAAUGGUACGGAAACCAUUAUGUCCUACGAGAACGAUGUACUAAAAUCAAAGACUGUGAAUGGGGUCGCUCAAGCUAUACCAUACAACCAUUAA